CUGUGCGCAUGCGCAGUGGUGAAGCGCCGCUCUGAGGAAUAAAUAAGGGCAGGGAAACCGAACCGCAAUGGGACAACUCUUAUUUCGGUCCAAUUCGGCCUAAAAAUACCCCGAAAUGGCUUUUAUCCUUGACGGGGUGUCAUUAGCGAGGUUUUAGAAGGCUUUUGGGAUCUGUUUGGCUACUGAAAGGGACUGAGAAAGUUUAGAAGGAAACGAACUUCAGGGACAUACAGAGACGGUCAUGGAGGAUUUCGGUUCGGCGCUGGAGAAGAACGUGGCGGAUCUGACCGUGAUGGACGUGUAUGAUAUCGCCGCAGUGGUGGGUCAGGAGUUCGAGCGCAUUAUUGAUCAGUACGGAUGUGAGGCUCUGUCCCGCCUCAUGCCCAAAGUGGUCCGGGUGCUGGAGAUCCUGGAGGUUAUGGUGAGCCGGAACAGCAUCAGUCCAGAGACCGAGGAGCUGCGUCUGGAGCUGGACCGCCUCCGACUGGAGCGGAUGGACAGACUGGAGAAGGAGAAGAAACAUAAAAAGGAGCUGGAGUUGGUUGAGGAUGUGUGGAGAGGAGAAGCCCAGGAUCUGUUGUCCCAGAUCGCCCAGCUGCAGGAGGAAAACAAAACGCUGCUCAACAACCUGUCCGUCAAAGAGUGUCCGAUGACGGAAGAGGACAUACAGAAACAGGAAGGCAUGACCGAGAGGGAGCGGCAGGUGAUGAAGAAGCUGAAGGAAGUUGUAGAUAAACAGCGAGACGAGAUCCGCGCCAAAGACCGUGAGCUGACGCUCAAAAACGAGGACGUUGAAGCGCUCCAGCAGCAGUUGAACCGGCUGAUGAAGAUCAACCAUGACCUGAGGCAUAAGAUCACGGUGGUGGAGGCCCAGGGUAAAGCCCUGAUCGAGCAGAAGGUGGAGCUGGAGGCGUCUGGUCAGGCAAGACAGCAGGAGCUUGGUAACCUCCGACAGGAAGUGGUCCGUCUUAAGGAGCGACUGAAAGAACAGGGCAAGAUCAGCGCGGAGACAGAGGAGCCUGUAGGGCCGCCCUCACCUGCACAGUCGACUAAAGCGGCCCCUUCCUGGGGUCAGGAUUUAGCUUCUGAACUCCUUGCUGGGGGCCUGGAGAUAGAGGAGGGUCCCCUCCAUUUCGUCCCCCACACAGGGGCCCCUGGAGCCCUGACAGAUGACGGUGAGGAGGAGAAGGAUGAUGAAGAGGCUGCGUUUUUAUGGGAGGCGCUGUGUGAUGAUGACAUGUCCAAUCUAGAUCCAAAAGACCCGAACCGCCCACGAUUCACCCUGCAAGAGCUGCGGGACGUCCUGCAUGAGCGCAAUGAGCUGAAAGCUAAAGUCUUCAUGCUGCAGGAGGAAAUCGCCUAUUACAGAAGUGAAGAACAGGAGGAGGAAACAGGCCCAUCCCUGCCAGACCCCUCUCCUACCCUUCGGCCCAGCUCUCGCUCCAACUUUCAGCCCGAGUCAGGGAUAAAACGACUGAUCUUCACAGCCAUAAUGCCGAUGGUGGCGGCUGGGUUGAUUCCAGAUGACCCCACUUUACAGCCAAUCAGACGACUUAUUUCCCUUGUUUAGCUUCUUUUCCCGGGACAAAACCCGAGGCUCGCAGAGGAGGAUGCCGCAGUUGGGUGACGGCUUCGGCUCGUGGGCGGGGAAAGAUGACGUGUACACAGAACAGGCCCAGGAGGCAUUACAGCACAUGUAACGAACACAACGCUCCACUAACCGCUAACCUGCACCAUGUGACCGUAUGCAACGUUUACGCUCCCUUUCAUGGUCGACUUUCACAGUACAACGUCUGCAAGCAGAUGAGACAAAAGCUCACAAAGGGAACACGGGGGACGGGGCCGUUUAGAGUUACUGAUAGAUAGUGGCCCUUACCUUCACCCAAAGAUACCGUGAGGGAGUUUUAUGUGCCUAUUUUGUUAGAUAGUUAGACAUUUUAUUGCUAUUGCAAAUGGCGAGUUACUGUAAGCGGAUGACGCAGAAGAAUAGAAGAUUUCAGACAGUAUUCUGAUGAUGUGUAAAGAGAAGAUGCCUUCAGUAGAUAAGAUAGAUAUCUAUUUUUUAAUUCAAAUUGAAUUAUGAACGAGACACAAUGGCAAGAAACCAUGAAUUCGCAUGUGGCUGAAAAAAGUAGCUAUACCCAAGCCAGAGAUCGUCUGAAAAAGAUGGUGGCAUUAUAUGAUUAAUCAUAUUUAAAACUUUUUUUGAAAUUGCACAGUAGCCUGAUUCUUUUGGCACACUGAAAUGUUGAGAAUUUAAAGGAAUAUCUGACGUUCAAAACUUGAAAUCCUCCAUGGCAUUAUGUAGAUUACCACAGAAAAUAAUUUCGACUUGUCCUUCAGUUUGUAACAACAAACAGAUGUUGUAUUUACAGUAAUGCACUUGGAAUGGAAGUUUAUGGGGCAAAAUUUUAAAUUAAUUUAAAAUCAUAAAGAUUAAAAGCAGAAAUGGGCCUCUGAAUUUUUGAAGUAAAGUUUUGUGGGAAGAGGUUACUUUUACCAUUAAAAGAAGUCUCUUCUGUUGUAUCAGAAAUACAGUAAAAACAGUCAUAUUGUGAAAUAUUAUUAUAAUUUAAAAGAACUUUUCUAUUUGAAUACAUUUUAAAAUGUAAUUUAUUCCUGUGAUCAAAGCUGAAUUUUCAGCAUCAUUACUCCAGUCUUCAGUGUCACAUGAUGCUUCAGAAAUCAUUCUAAUAUGCUGAUUUGCUGCUAAAGAAACAUUUAUAAUCAAAACAAAACAGUUGUCCUGCUUCAUAUUUUUGAGGAAACCAUAAUACAUUUUUUCAGGAUUCUUUGAUGAAUGGAAUGUUCAAAAGAACAGCAUUUAAUUAAAAUAGAACCUUUUGUAACAUUAUAAAUGUCUUUACUGUCACUUUUGAUUUAUUUAAUGCAUCCUUGCUGGAUAAAAGUAUUAAUUUCUUUUUAAAAAAUCUUACUGACCCCAAACUUUUGAACUGUAGUGUAUGACGUCACGUCGUAUUUACACACCGUGUUUAGUGACUAUACAUGGUCAUGACAGUGAUUUUAUCACAGAAUGUGGCUACACUUUCAAAACACUGUAUUUUACCAUUUAUCCCAUUGCAAUACCCCAUAUACUUCUAUUGUACGUGCAUCAUCGCACGUUUUGUGUUUGUUUUUACGAACUGAGGGGCAAGUCAAACUUAUUUUCUGUGGUAAUUGACAGGAUGUCGUAUAGUUCUGCAUUUAAGAACCUGGAUCAUGUCUUUAAACCCUGGAAUCAUGAAACAAAGUUUUAUGCGUCGUCAAGUGUUUCUGCAGCACAUUAAAGCAGAACAAUAUUAAUAAUCCAUAGUUUACUACUGGCAUCUGGCUGAAGUAUCUAUCACAUGGACAAAUGUCAUUCACCAGCGGUUUUGCAUUGCUUGAAUGGUGCUUUCACUGGCAAUAAUAGAAGUGUUUAGAGAAAGCAUGGAAAUGUGUGACUAUGGUAAAGUGUGUUGAUGAAGGCAGCUUUGUAAGCAAGAAAUUCAUGCCCAUGGGCCUUAAUUCAAUUGUUAAAGAGCUAGUGAUGCCACUCGACGUGAUGGCAAACUCCAGAACUGAGAAUGAUAUCCAGCAACAAGAACUGGAUCAAAUGUAUCAUGAAGGAUUAUGCAUAACUCAUCUCAUUGUGUAUUAAACUAUUUUAUACCAUG